AUGGCGUGGUCUAAAGCAACUCGCAUCGGCGUGAUGCUGGCCAUCGAUCUGGCUUUUUUCUUCCUCGAACUUGGUGUCGGAAUCUACGUCGGCUCUCUCGCCCUCAUGGCCGACGCCUUUCACAUGCUCAACGACGUCAUUUCCCUCGUUAUCGGCCUCUGGGCUGUCCGUGUUGCGCAAAACAAAUCCACCGACAAGUUCUCAUACGGCUGGCUGCGCGCCGAGAUCCUUGGUGCAUUCUUCAACGCCGUCUUCCUCAUCGCCCUAUGCGUCUCCAUCCUCCUCGAGGCUCUCGGCCGCUUCGUCGACCCUCCCACCAUUCAAAACCCUCAGCUGAUCCUCGUUGUCGGUUCGCUGGGUCUCGCCUCCAACCUCGCAGGCUUCUUCGUCCUCGGCGGCCACAGCCACGGUCAUGGCCAUGACGACCACGACCACGAUCAUGCCCACGACGAUUCGCACUCGCACUCGCACUCACACGAUCACGAUCACGCUCACGAUGCCACCCGAGAGGCAGAAGAGGGUCGUCACAUCAGCUUCGACGAUAGUCGUGAGGACGUCGCCGGAGUUCCCGCACGCUUCAAGUCACACAGGCGCCGGCCCAGCAGCAACCGCCACAGUCGCCUUACUAGCAUUGACGACAUGUCGUUCCACCCUGCUAGCUUCCGCCAGGAGAUAAUAGCUGCCAGCCGACCUGUUGAGGUCUCGGACGACGAGUCUGCGACGGACAACGAGAACGACGACGCCAAUGACAACACGCCUCUCAUUAACGACCGCACCGGCGCUGGUCACGAAGGCCAUUACGGUAGCACUGGGCACUCUGAUAGCCACGGGCGCUCGCGCAGGGACUCGGUCCUCCACGAUCAUCACAACCACAAUAAACCUAGGGAAGCGCAAAAGAGCGGCGGUCAUAGCCAUAACCACGCAGACAUGGGCAUGCAGGCCAUGAUUCUGCAUGUCAUCGGCGACGCUCUGGGUAACGUCGGCGUAAUAGUGACCGCCCUCAUCAUCUGGAAGACGGAGUGGUCUGGCCGCUUCUACGCCGAUCCUGCCGUCUCGCUUUUCAUCACCUGCAUCAUCCUACGCUCUUGCAUCCCGCUAACCCUCGCGACGGCCAAGAUCCUGCUCCAGGCGACGCCCGAUCACAUCAGCAUUCGCGACAUCAAGGCCGACAUUCAGGACCUCCCAGGCGUGGUCUCGUGCCACCACGUGCACAUCUGGCAGCUCUCCGACACCAAGCUCGUUGCGUCCAUGCACAUCCAGGUCUCCUUCCCUAUCAGCGAAGAAGGCGGGGAGAAGUACAUGAAGCUGGCCAUGCGUGCUCGGAGCUGCCUCCACGCCUAUGGCAUCCACAGCGCUACCAUCCAGCCCGAGUUCUACCUGGACGACGCCCAUCUCUCGCGUUCCGACAUCGCCGCGUCUGAUGCAGCUACUGCCUGCGGGACUGGCGGACCUGGGUCCGUGUGUCUGCUGGAAUGCGUCGACGACUGCGUGGGCCAGGGCUGCUGCUCCGAUGCCGGUGCCAAGUCACCGCCGGGCAGUAGCCACUCCGGGUCCGGUGGUGGUCAUAAUCACGACCAUAGCCACACUCAUGAUCACCGCCACUAG